UCGUUAGUGCCAAGCCACGGCACUCGACCCUCUCGGGCUGUGGUCUGAUUCACAAGGCACACACGCGCGCAGCCGCAGUUGGCUCCGACGUGGCACAAGAGCGGGCGGCAUCUUCUGAGUCUUAGGCCGCCAUGCCGCCCACCACCCAUGCGUGGACGCUGGUCGUGGCAGCAGUGAUCGGCGUGGGCGUGACACCCGUGAGAGGAGGCGUGGCGCACGACCUACGUUACUCUAGGGCACAGCUGCAUCUCGCGGACGGAGGGAACCAGGCAUGGGUCGAGUCGACUAAGGAAGGCGCAGACGGGAUAGAGUACUCAAGAUGGCCAAGCCACCCGACGGACGAGACUCUGGGGGGGCAGCCCUCCUUCCGGCGCCACGUGUACCGCACCCACGUCGUGGUCGGCGACGGAGACUCCGGCGUGCAGGAGGCAGAGCGGCGCCAUUACUCUGCCGGAGGAACUCGCUACCAGACCUCGCACCAGUGGCAGUUUUCGUCGGACGACGGACAACGACCGGAAGACAUCCCGGGCAGCUCCUCGGCCAGUGAGCAUACAAGUGUCUUCACGCGAGUGGGGGGGCGGACGAAUCUGAGGAUGCAGUCUGACGAGGGAGAGUCCUCUGACCAGGAGGGUAUCCCAAGAGACAGACCAAGAUUUCGGCGGCCUCAUCCGGGAAGGAAUCGAACUCGGCUGAGGAUAAGCGGGCGGCGGAGGAGGCCUGGGCUGUCGCCGGGUGGAGACGGCGAGGCUGACCACGAAACUACCGAGGACAUUCAUGUAGAGUCCGAAACACAUCAAGAAGGCGAGACUGAUCUACAUACGACACACCGGCAGAGUUUUAGCUCGAGUGAUCUUCCGUAUGUUGAUCCAGAAGGUCAAACUGAUGAAGAAAUCCACAGAGGAGCAAUAGACAGGACUAUAAUUAGAACUUCAGUACAUCACGGUAGUAGCUCCUCUCUCCAUACAGAUGUAGAUGAAACACGGAGAGAACAUUCCACUGACGGGGGAUCAGAUUACCAUGUAGAGUAUUCCAGAACGGCGUCCCCGUAUGAGGUCGAUGGCACUGCCAAUGCUUCUGAUCAGGGCGAUGCAGGAGACACUUAUGAAGAUGAGGAGGAUUAUGAAGAAGAGGAAGAUUAUGAUGACUAUGAAGACGAGGAAGAUUACGAAGAAGAAAAUUAUGCAGACGAGGAGGAAAAUUAUGCAGACGAGGAGGAAAAUUAUGCAGACGAGGAGGAAAAUUAUGCAGACGAGGAGGAAAAUUAUGCAGACGAGGAGGAACAUUAUGCAGAUCAUGAAGAGGAGCGACGUCAUCAGAGCGAAGGACAUGAAGAAAAAUACACCUAUACCGCUGACCACAAUGCGGAAGGACAUUCUAAUUCCGAAAACCAACACGGAGACGUUUCUCUUCACACUAGCGUUGACGAAAGCCGAGAUGAGACAGAGCAUUCUGUUCCCAGAGACCGUGCAGGUGCCAGAGGCCGCCCAGGUUUCAGAGGCCGUCCUGGUUUCAGAGGGCGUGCCGGGGCGAGGAACCAAACUGGUAUAAGAGGUCAGGCUGGGGGCAGAGGUCAAGGUGGUGGCAGAGGUCAAGGUGGUGGCAGAGGUCAAGGUGGUGGCAGAGGUCAAGGUGAUGGCAGAGGUCAAGGUGGUGGCAGAGGUCCAUUUGGUGGCAGAGGCCCGCCUGGUGGCAGAGGCCCGCCUGGUAACAGAGAACAAGGCGGUGGCAGAGGCCCGCCUGGUGGCAGAGAACAAGGCGGUGGCAGAGGCCGUUUCGGUGGCAGAUUCCGUCCUGGAGCUUUUAACCGUACUGGUUUGGCUGGUGGCAGAGGUCAAGGUGGUGAAAGAGGCAGUGGCAGAUUCGGUGGCAGAUUCCGCCCGGGAGGAAGAGGUCGUCCCGGCGGCGUUAACCGAACUGUUGUCAUGGACCGCACGGGUGGCAGACGCCGUUUUGGUGGCAGAGGUCGGGGCGGAUUCAGAAAUCACACACGGGAGCAAGGCGGGUCAGAAGAUGAUCAUUCCACGGCCAGAGGGGAAGGUGGGGAGGAUUAUGACACACGAACUGACACUGGAGAGGACUAUGACACGAGAGACCAGUACGAUACAAGGGAAGAAGAAGCAGAAACUGAAACUAGGGAUCCAUAUGACACAAGAGAUCCAUAUGAAACAAGCGAUGCAUAUGACACAACAGAAUCAUAUGAUGCAGGAGGAGAACAUGACACCAGGGAUCCCUAUGACACUAGGCCAGAGCAUGAGACAAGGGAUCCAUAUGACACUGGAGAUCCUUAUGACACAAGAGAUCCUUAUGACACAAGAGAUCCUUAUGACACAAGAGAUCCUUAUGACACAACGGAUGCAUAUGACACUGAAGAUGAAGAAACAGGGGAUCCAUACGACACAAGAGAUCCUUAUGACACAACGGAUGCAUAUGACACUGAAGAUGAAGAAACAAGGGAUCCAUACGACACAAGAGAUCCUUAUGACACAACGGAUGCAUAUGACACUGAAGAUGAAGAAACAGGGGAUCCAUACGACACAAGAGAUCCUUAUGACACAACGGAUGCAUAUGACACUGAAGAUGAAGAAACGGAUCCUUACGACACAACAGAUCCAUAUGACACAACGGAUGCAUAUGACACUGAAGAUGAAGAAACGGAUCCUUACGAUACAACAGAUCCAUAUGACACUGAAGAUGAAGAAACGAGUGACCCAUAUGAUUCGAGAGAUCCUUAUGACACAAGGGAUCCGUAUGACACUAGAGAGGAAGAAAGGAGGGAUCCAUAUGACACAAGAGAUCCUUAUGACACAGAAGAUCCAUAUGACACAAGAGAGGAAGAAAGAAGGGAUCCAUAUGACACAAGAGAUCCUUAUGACACAAGAGAUCCAUAUGACACUAGAGAUCCUUAUGACACUAGAGAGGAAGAAAGAAGGGAUCCAUAUGACACCAGAGAUCCCUAUAACACAAGGGAUCCUUAUGACACCAGAGAGGAAGAAAGGAGGGAUCCAUAUGACACCAGAGAUCCCUAUGACACAAGGGAUCCAUAUGACACAAGAGAGGAAGAAAGAAGGGAUCCAUAUGACACAAGAGAUCCUUAUGACACAAGGGAUCCAUAUGACACAAGAGAGGAAGAAAGAAGGGAUCCAUAUGACACAAGAGAUCCUUAUGACACAAGAGAUCCUUAUGACACAAGGGAUCCAUAUGACACCAGAGAGGAAGAAAGGAGGGAUCCAUAUGACACCAGAGAGGAAGAAAGGAGGGAUCCAUAUGACACAAGAGAUCCCUAUGACACAAGGGAUCCAUAUGACACCAGAGAGGAAGAAAGGAGGGAUCCAUAUGACACAAGAGAUCCUUAUGACACAAGGGAUCCAUAUGACACCAGAGAGGAAGAAAGGAGGGAUCCAUAUGACACAAGAGACCCUUAUGACACCACGGAUCCUUAUGACACUAGAGAGGAAGAAAGGAGGGAUCCAUAUGACACAAGAGAUCCCUACGACACAAGUGACCCACAUGACACGACGGAUCCAUACGACACGAGUGACCCAUACGACGAGACCAGAUCUAGGGAAAAAACAGACCAUGACACAGCCGAAACGCCUGACACGAGCGGCGAAGCUGGUGCCAGUGACAGCGGCAGAGAUGGCGAUCGCGCUGACGGCAUGGGCCAGGGUCGCCGCCCUCUUGCUCCGGGCGUGGGCGGCGAAGGAGAGAAUAGGGCAACCCUGCCUCUGCUCCCCCCUCGCUGCUGUGGGAGCCAGAUACCCCUUGACCCUAGCAACGCUCUAGCCACGGGCGGAUUCACCAGGGUGUCUGCGGCCGGAUCAGUGCAGGUGAUCGACAUCCCCGGCAAGGACACGGACGCCUUCCCCCCCGCAGCCGUGAGGGACCUGCGCGUUACGUCCGUCUCGGGAGACCGGAUCACGCUCGCUUGGACGGCGCCGGGAGAUGACCUGGAUGCUGGGAAAGUCUCGGGGUACAUCAUGCGCCUCAGUGACAACCGACGAGAUCUGAACGAGAGGAUGUUCGACUACGCCCCCAACGUCACGCUCAUGGAUGUCACUGACGUUCUGAAGGAAGCCAACGUUUUCCAAGACGCCGGGAAGGUGGUCAGCGUCCAACUCGCGAUCCAGAGCAGCGUCGACAGACGUUCCAGAAGAAGCAACCAAUACUUCGUGGCCUUGAGAGCUGUUGAUGACUACGGCAAUAAGAGCCCCGUGUCCAACGUGGCGAGGUUCCGGCUGCCUUCCCGUCGGGGUCCAGGGCGGCCGAUGCACCCCGUCCUCGCCACCCGGACCGAGGACCCGUCGGCGACCGGGCAGCCGCGAGUUCCUUGGGGGCCGAGAGGCAGAGGUCGGGUCGGGAUGGCGAGGACCACGACUCCGGAACCCGAGGAGGAGGCCACCAGCGCCCCGACGUAUGAGGAGGAGGAAGAUCCGAGGGAAGCUGAGACGCCGACGGACCCCUGGCAAACUCAGCCCACCUACCCCGUGGAACCCACUGAACCCACUGAACCCACUUACCCUUACCCAGUAGAACCCACCGAACCUGCUUAUCCCUACCCUAUGGAGCCCACCGAACCCACAUACCCCUACCCCCCAGAGCCCACCGAACCCACUGAGCCCACCGAACCGGAGCCUUUCGACACCGCAGAACCCACAGAGCCCGGACUGGACACCGAAACGACGAUGGUUCCGGACCAAGACGAGUCCAAGAAAGACCGGAAAAAGAAGAAGAAAGACCGAAAGAAAAAUAAGAAAAACAAAAACAAGAAGGGGCAAAAGAAGAAGAAGAAGGACCGCAAAAACCAGGAUCCGGAAGGCACUGACUCGCCGGACAGUGUUUCCAACGAGACGUAUACUUACAAGGCGGAGGGCUGCGACAUGGACAUCACAGCGCCCCCUGUUAUCAGUCUGUGUGACGCCCGCACCUCCGUCGCCACCGUCAUCGCCUACUUCGAGCAAAUCGAUAACUUCACCCACAUGGAGGAGUUAUGGCAAGUCGUCGGCACGCUCGAGUACCUUGCCAAAGUGGGCGAAGGAGAUCAGGAUUACGUAGAUGUGAAGUCGCCAUAAACAAAUCGCUGUGUCCUGUACAGAUUGAGACUCUACGUUGUAUGAAGAGUUUAUUUACAUUAGAUUUCAUUUCUUUCUAGUUUUUUUUUUUUUUUUUUGUUUUGUUUUGUUUUUUUUUGUGGUUGUCUUUCUUUUAUAUCGCUCGUUGUUUUUUUUUUAUAUACGAAAGCUCGAUUUGUUUACAUUUCAUUACAUUACAUUUAGGUUUUCAUACGCUAUUUUUUUUUCCUUAAUUACAGUUCGAUUUUCUCCUUAUAUCGCAGCUAUGUUUGAGUUUGUAUCAUAUUACAGCUACACUUGUUUAUUUUUCUUCAGUUACAGCUAUAUUUCUUUGAUUUUCAUCUCUGUCUAUAUAGCAAACGGUGUUCGAUAUGAUAUAGACGGGAGAGAAGUAAGCAUUAUAUAUAUACAGUAUCUGUCCUGAGUUGACACCAACUUUUAAAAUCAAAAUAUACGGAGGUUUUAUAAUUAUCAUUAUGUUUAGUGAUAUUUCAUAGACUUAUACGGCGAAUCGCAAUUGCAAAACCCACUUAUUAAAGACAAAAAAAAUAAUUUAAGAAACAGAUAUUGUUAAAAAUAAUAAAAUCAUAAAAAGGUCA